GAUGACAUUAAACCGACUGAAAGAGACCAAUGCGGAAAGAUGAGGGCACAAUUGUGUCCCCAUAUGUCAAAACCCGUAUGUCAUCCACGUCAAGUAAAAUCCGAAAUGGAAAUGGGGAAAUCCUUUAUAACACGGUUAACUGGAAGUUCUAGGCUCAGUUGUCACAUUCAGUCGUCGCAGUUGGACAGGAAACUUUGAAUCACAGUUGCAGUGACAAUGUAUCGAGAAGUUAUCAUGAUAAAAGGACUUUUUUUGACUUGGUUAUUGUUGGCGUCAGCCUUAUCGGAUCCUGGCGCUGAACCGUUUAAUCCAAACUUCAAUAGAUUUCGACAAAAAAUUCCGCGCAUUGGCCGACGUGGGGAUGGCAUCAUCGCCGAAUACAUGAAUUCGGAUUCUUUUCCUCACGAGGGAAGUCUAUCCAAUUUUUUUCUGAAGGCCUCAAAGGCGGUACCUCGUCUGGGUAGACGCAAAGAUGUUUCUACUGAGUCGGGUCAUGCUACAAUUUUCGACGAGCAGUAUCCAUUUAGAGACCGCUUGGGUCUGGGCCAUGCAUCCAACGAACUUCCCACUGUUCACUAUAAACAAGUUUUAUGGCCAAAUUUCGAUACUGAUGAAUUCACAAGCGGACCAAGUAAGGAACAAAAUUAUCCAACAACGCGGAUAACGAACGACCUACACGACAAUUAUGUGCAGGAUUUAAUCCGUAGCUGGACGAAUCAAAACGAGAAUAUCAACGAAAAUUAAAGACUGAAC